UCUAUGGUGCAGGGGGUGGGGUUUUCUUGAUGACUACCUGGGAGCCUUCAGGCCUGACCCUUCAUUUAGUUCACCCAUCAAACCCUUGGCUGUUCUUAGCAGCAAGAGGAGAGAUGUUCUAGAAGGCAUUGCAGGUCUUUCCUUGGCCAUUCCAAGUUGGCCAACGAGCUCUUCUAUGUUUUUUUGGGGGGGUUUCUCGCCUGCUGCAGUUCCAGCCGCCCUCGGACGCUGAGUGGACCAGGAUAACCUAGGAGGAAAAGCAUUACAAAGUCAACUCCGAAAUCCCGUGGACGAAGUUGGGGGAUACCAACCUUCUGAGCAUGAUGUCCUACAUCAAGCAACCCCAUUACGCGGUCAAUGGGUUAGCCUUGGCCGGACCGGGCAUGGACCUCCUUCAUUCUGCAGUGGGAUACCCCACCACCCCACGGAAGCAGAGACGCGAGCGCACGACGUUCACACGAGCUCAGCUGGACAUCUUGGAGGCUCUCUUUGCCAAGACGCGCUAUCCGGACAUUUUCAUGCGGGAAGAGGUGGCGCUGAAGAUCAAUCUGCCCGAAUCCAGAGUUCAGGUGUGGUUCAAGAACCGUCGGGCCAAAUGCCGCCAGCAGCAGCAGCAGAGCACCGGUCAAGCCAAAGCCCGGCCAGCGAAGAAGAAAACGUCUCCCGCCCGGGAGACCAGUUCCGAGACCAGCACCAACGGGCAGUACAGCCCACCGCCGGCCGGCAAUUCGGUGACACCCAGCUCCAGCGCCAGCGCCACCGUCUCCAUCUGGAGCCCGGCCUCCAUCUCCCCGAUCCCCGACCCGCUCUCUUCCUCCACGACCCCCUGCAUGCAGCGCUCUACGGCCUACCCCAUGACUUACACCCAGGCCCCCGGCUACACCCAGGCCUAUGCGGGUUCGACCUCCUAUUUCAGCGGCCUUGACUGCAGCUCCUACCUGUCUCCCAUGCACCCACAGCUGUCUGCCCCGGGGGCUGCCCUGAGCCCCAUUGCCACCCCGACCAUGGGCAGCCACCUGAGCCAGUCUCCAGCAUCUCUCUCCAGCCAGGGUUAUGGGCCCGCGAGUCUCGGCUUCAGCUCCGUGGAUUGCCUAGAUUACAAAGAUCAGGCGGCUUCCUGGAAGCUCAACUUCAACACCACCGACUGCUUGGAUUAUAAAGAUCAAAGCUCGUGGAAGUUUCAGGUCUUGUGAAGGGUGUCGGCCCUUUUCGACACGUUCCUCUCCCUUUGUGUAGCCUCUUGGGAUAAGAUCUUCCGUCUUCGCACUCGGCAGAAGGCUCACUGCUUCUCUUUUUAUCUCACGAUUUUGAAGACUGUUGGGUUUUUUCCCCUUCCCCGAAGAGGAACACUUCUUAUUCCUCCUCCUCUCCACUGACUCUGGCAUCGCUUCAUAUUUUGAUAACCCUCCGUGCUGUUUUUGGGAGUCCUCGUUCAACUCGGAUCUGUGCAGACGAUAGGAACUUGCGAACCAGCCACGGCUCUGUACGUUCUGUGACCCCUCGCCUUCUACGAUUCUUGUCCUGGAUUCAGCAACUUGAUGGCUCGGGACCUCCAUCCUUCCGUCGGCUGGGAUGACAUUUAAAAUCAAAGACAGACAAUGGCGGCAAGCGCUCUCAAGACCACUCUGGACAAGAAGCUGCCAAGGUCCGUGGGUCUGUUGAAGGUCUUCGCCAGAAGCGAAGAGGAGAUGGAAGCUUUCCAAUGAGUUUCUCGACAAAGCCCAUAUCUCUCCACUGUCGGAUUCAACAAAAAACAAAGAAAAGUUUUAAAACCCUGAGUUAGCCGAAGCGAGGGCAAGAAAAAAAAUAAUAAUCACCGAACAGCUGCUUUUCAUAAAUCUCCGUCCGUUCUCCACAGGUGGACAGUAGAAGCCAGAACUGAACAACGAAUGAACGAAUGAAUAAAUGAAUAAGUAAAUGAGCCCUCUGUGGGCUUUUGGCUAGAGCAGGAGCGAUCGUGCUAUAAAAUGGGUUGUUGUGUGUGUGUAUGUGUGUGUCUGCCCCUGGAGUGGACAGAUAAUUUUUAAGAGGGGUUCUCCUUUCCAAUCUGCAAUGUCAGAUGCGUCGAAAGCCAUGUGGCCCCUGUCAGCCCUCCAUCUGGCCCAGGAUAACCCCCCUCGGACCAGCAACGAGGGUUGUCCGGGUUCUAAGAUGUGGAGUCUCGCCCGGCCCUACCUGAAGACGGCCGGGCAUGAACUGGAGACCUUCUGCCUGUGAAACUGGUCGGUCGUUUUAUCACUGAUCCAGGCCUCGGGGUGGCCAACAUCAAAUUUCUUUCUCCCCCCCUCCUUCUUCUGUUCCUGUUUCGAUCCUCAUACGCCAGGGCUUGAGUGGGUGUGAUUCGUAGAGCAGGGCUUUGCCCUGUGUAUUGUUUGGAACAAAAUCCUGGUUUUUUACUCGGAUUUCAGGGCAGAGCUUCUCGUAACCCAGGGGGUCAGCUCCAAUUUUGUGGGGGGGGAUCCAUGUCCCUCAGACCUGCUCCCUACACUCUCCCAUGUAGAGGAAGCCAGAAUCCUUUCCUCCUGCCCCAUGUUCAUGCUCUCAAUGCUGCUGCUUCCUCUCUUUGACCCCAUUGACAGAUCCCCUUCCUACCUCCUCCACGUGCCACAGAGGUGCAAUAUUUAGGGGUGGGUGGGUUAGCCUACAGCUCCCAGAAUUCCAUACAUCACACAUAAUAUAGGGAUUCUGGGAACUCUAGUCCAAAAGGUUUCUCAUCUCUGCUAUUUCCUUCUUCAAACCACUGACAAGGCAAAAACAGUGACUGCCAUGUGCUCAUUCACCCCUCCCAUGCCUUUCUGUCCCCCCCCCCAUUUAGAUGGGCAUGAGUAGUACUCAAAAUACCUCAUUGAUGCCACCACUGUCCUGUUCGAUUUAGAUUGGGAGGCAGGAAAGGCAAGGAAGCAGAAAAAAUUCCCGAGCUACUAUUUUUUUCUUCGUGUUGGACUAGCUGAAGUGGAAGAGAACUUGGAAAGUUACUUCAUAUUUUUUUAAAAAAGCCAUUAGUUACAUUUAUUGCAACGUGGCUUCCCCAAAAGUAGUUAAUUACUGUUAUAGUUUCAGUGUCUAAAAAGGUAACUUUUUUACUUUCCAGUUUCCCAAAAGUAACUGAGUUGUUGCUUUAAAUUACUUUUUAAAAAAUAGGGGGGAAAAGCAUGAACCAGCACUUGAACCCUGUGAUAGUUGUCUAUCAUGUAGUGAGUCCUGUAACUACACAAGUGACCAAAAAGUGGGAUUCUCCCUGAUUAAAUAAUAUCUCAGUGGAACUUGGUAAUACCGUCUUGUGCACGUGAGCAGUGUUUUUGUGGGGGAUCAACAACAUUUCUACAAAAGCCGUAAGACCCUUUAGGUCCCCAAAUUCCAUCUGGGAUGGAGAUUACAAAUGAAUCAAUUACCAGGAAGUGUUAGAGGGGACAGAAAGGUGGUGAAAAGCGGGGAGCGACCACCAGCUGGCAAUUCAAGUGCGCUCGUUGGUGGUGGGCCCAUCGUUCAGCGCUGAAGUGAACUCCUCCCAGACUAUCGCUUUCUGGAAUGGCACAGGGCAUUCAUUUCACAACUCUACAUUUCAGAGUCUGGGAUUUUUAGUUUUUUGGGGGGACUACAAUACCCAGAAUCCCCUGGGAAUAGCAGGGGAUUGUGGGAGUUGUAGUCUGCAAACAUAAAAAUUCCAGGCUCUCUGAAUGUUACAUUUUGUACCAAAUGGAAUAGAUAUCACAUGCCGAAUUUUAGGGAGAGGAGAAUGGUGGGCUGGCAGAUAAUUAGCAGAGUUUAGAGAUUUUGCUUCUUUGGGCAACAAAUGUUAACAUCUAGAUAUGGUUCCCUUGGAGGCUGGCUUUUAAUCAAAAUACAGAGGAUUAAAGCAGUGACUUAUAAAUAUUUGUAAAGAACACGAUUUCUUUUCCCCUUCCCCUGUGCAUUAACAAACUGGGCUUUUAAAAUUUUUAAAAGAGAUAUAUUUUGUAAAUUGUAUUAGAGAUUUCUUAGCAUAGCUUUCUUAGUUGUUUAUUUUUU